AGGGUGCCAGCCCCGGGGCUGCGCCGGCGAAUCGGCGGGGCUCGCGGCCCGGGGUGGGAGGCGGGUCUACCGCGCGGCCGCGGCGGCGGCGGAGCAGCUCCCAGCCAGCAGCCAGCGAGCGCCGAGCGAGCCGCCCGGAGCCCCUCAUCCCAUUCGGAAGAGGAAGGAACAAAAGGUCCCGGACCCCCGGCUCUGACGGGGCGGGACCCGGAGCCUCGGCGCGCAGGUUAGAUAGAGAAGCGUCUUUUCUCAGUGUGGGUUGCGGCCUUUGGUAAGAGCAUGUCGUCCAUCUUGCCCUUCACUCCGCCAGUCGUGAAGAGACUGCUGGGAUGGAAGAAAUCAGCCGGUGGCUCUGGAGGAGCGGGUGGAGGAGAGCAGAACGGACAAGAAGAAAAGUGGUGUGAGAAAGCGGUUAAAAGUUUGGUGAAGAAGCUAAAGAAAACAGGACGAUUAGAUGAGCUUGAGAAAGCCAUCACCACUCAAAAUUGUAAUACUAAAUGUGUUACCAUACCAAGCACUUGCUCUGAAAUUUGGGGACUGAGUACACCAAAUACGAUAGAUCAGUGGGAUACAGCAGGCCUUUACAGCUUCUCUGAACAAACCAGGUCUCUGGAUGGCCGUCUGCAAGUGUCUCAUCGAAAAGGACUGCCACAUGUGAUAUAUUGCCGAUUGUGGCGUUGGCCUGACCUUCACAGUCACCAUGAACUCAAAGCCAUUGAAAACUGCGAAUAUGCUUUCAAUCUUAAAAAGGAUGAAGUAUGUGUAAACCCUUACCACUACCAGAGAGUUGAAACACCAGUUUUGCCUCCGGUAUUGGUGCCACGGCACACCGAGAUCCUGACCGAACUGCCUCCCCUGGAUGAUUACACCCACUCCAUUCCAGAAAACACUAAUUUCCCAGCGGGAAUUGAGCCACAGAGUAAUUACAUCCCAGAAACGCCACCUCCUGGAUAUAUCAGUGAGGAUGGAGAAACGAGUGAUCAACAGUUGAACCAAAGUAUGGAUACAGGAUCUCCAGCAGAACUGUCUCCUACUACUCUUUCCCCUGUUAAUCAUAGUUUGGAUUUGCAGCCAGUUACUUACUCAGAACCUGCAUUUUGGUGUUCAAUAGCAUAUUAUGAAUUAAACCAGAGGGUUGGAGAGACCUUCCACGCAUCACAGCCCUCACUCACUGUAGACGGUUUCACAGAUCCAUCCAAUUCAGAGAGGUUCUGCCUAGGGUUGCUCUCCAACGUCAACCGAAAUGCCACCGUAGAAAUGACAAGAAGACAUAUAGGAAGAGGAGUACGCUUAUAUUACAUAGGUGGAGAAGUUUUUGCAGAGUGCCUAAGCGAUAGUGCAAUCUUUGUGCAGAGCCCCAACUGUAAUCAGAGAUACGGCUGGCACCCGGCAACAGUGUGUAAAAUCCCACCAGGCUGUAAUCUGAAGAUCUUCAACAACCAGGAAUUUGCUGCUCUUCUGGCUCAGUCUGUCAAUCAGGGUUUUGAAGCCGUGUAUCAACUAACUAGAAUGUGCACCAUAAGAAUGAGUUUUGUGAAAGGGUGGGGAGCAGAAUACCGAAGGCAGACGGUAACAAGCACUCCUUGCUGGAUCGAACUUCAUCUGAAUGGGCCUCUGCAGUGGUUGGACAAAGUGUUAACUCAGAUGGGAUCCCCUUCAGUGCGUUGUUCAAGCAUGUCCUAAAGCUUCGGCACCAGUCAAGCGCCAUCAAAAGACUUAAUGUAACAACUCUUCUGUCAUAGUAUUUGUGUGUGGUCCCCACGGACUGUUUACUGUCCAAAAAUUCCAGAGAGAAAACAGCACUUGAGGCCUCAUCAAUUAAAGCACCUUGUGGAAUCGGUUUCCUAUAUUCGAAUAUUAGAUGGGAAAAUUAGUGUCUAGAAAUACCCUCCCAUAAAGGAGAAAGAGAAGAUUUUAAAGACUUGACUGAUGUCUUGCUGGGCAUAAAACUGAGUGUCCCAAAGGUUUAUUAAUAACAGUAGUAGUUAUGUGUACAGGUAAUGUAUCAUGAUCCAGUAUCACAGUAUUGUGCUGUUUAUAUACAUUUUUAGUUUGCAGAAAUUAGGUGUGUGUGUGCUGCUUCUUGAUUUAGGCAAGCCUUUAUAAAGUUACAGUACCUAAUCUGUUAUUCCCACUUCUCCGUUAUUUUUGUGUGUCUUUUUUAAUAUAUAAUAUAUAUCAAGAUUUUCAAAGUAUCAUUUAGAAGCAGAUUUCCCUUGUAGAAAAACUAAUUUUUCUGCCUUUUACCAAAAAUAAACUCUUGGGGGAAGAAAAGUGGAUUAACUUUUGAAAUCCUUGACCUUAAUGUGUUCAGUGGGUCUUAAACAGUCAUUUUUUUUGUGUUACUUACUGCUAAAUCUCACUGUAACGAAACAUUGCAGAAAAUCUUUCCAGACCUCUUCUCCGUUCCCGCUUUUGCCCUGAUACCAAAACUGUGUAGCAUGACAUCCAUCACUAAAAUGGUGGCACUGAUACUGCCAGCACCAGUUAAUUCUGGGGCACAGUGCGAAUUCAUAUGGAAUAAACCCCUCCGUCUUGCAGCGAAUUUCAACAGAUAGUAAUUGACUUGCGUAACCAAGCAGUCUGGUGAUUUAUCCUUGCACCUCAUAAAAACGCAAAUGGCAGUAUAAUUGUUUUCAGGGAUAUGCUACAAUUAUUUCCCUGUAUUUAUCCUUUUUUUUUUUUUUUUUUUUUAAGCCAGUCUCUAGAUACAAACACUCUUUUUUAAAAGCUAUUUUAAAAUACUUCAAUAGCAGACCUAGGGCUCUUUGAGUUUCGUGUGAUUUAGUUACCAGGUUGUAUUAUGAAAUGGACCUUUUUGUAAAUGUAAUUGCUUCUGCACAAUACCCACAAAAGUGAUGCUGAGGUAUGAUCAGCAGAUAAGGGCCAUUUGUUUUUAAAGUAUGUUGUAUUAAAUUUAUAAAGUGUUAUUUUACCUAAUUGUGAAUUGAGAAUUUUAAAAAUUGGGGGAGAAGCAGUUUAGCAAGCUUUUUUAGCUUAUAAUUACCUACAGUCGGAGGUGUUCUUAACUAAUCCUGAAAAUGUGGUUGACUGUUAUACCCGCUGACGUUUUAUGCUCUGCCAUGAGAGGAGGUUCCAGACGCUCUGUUUGUAGUCCAUGCAGCAGCAGAUAAUCCUUAUGUCUAAUGUUAAGUCUGCAGUUUAAACAGUUCUUGUUUGCAUCUCUUUAGAAGUGGGAAACAGCCACUCCUGACCCCCUUCUAGUAAAUUUUCAUAUUUUUGAAGAUAGACACCUUUGGUACUUGUUCUUUGAAACCAUAUUUAGCUGUCUCUGUAGGUAUCCUUUUCAGGGCUCUCAGUAUUUGAUUGUUUUCUAUUAGAUAUUCCCCCAUUUUCCUGUAUUUGUGUGUACAUGUAUGUGUUCAUGUAAACCUGGUAUGGUAAUUUUUUAUUCUUUCAACGAAUACUUACUGUUCACCUGUUAUGUGUGCCAGGAACUUUCUUUGCCUUGGGUAAAGGUGAACAAGACAAAUCUGGUCCCUGCCUUGGCUGAGACAUCAGUUACUAUGACCCUUAAUGAGCUUAUGUGUCUAUGAAGGAGAUAAACAGGGUACUCUGGUAGAGCAUGGCAGGGAAGGCUUCUCUAAGGAAGUGAUGCUCGAGCUGACAUUUGAUGUGAGAAGGGAGUAAGCCAUGGCGGGGAGCCAGGGAGAUCGGCCUUCCUGGCCAAGAGAACGACGUCAAAUGCAAAGGCUCAUUUUGAAGGAAACUCACUGUUGAGUAUUAAUGCUUAUGUAGAAGUCUCUGCACAGAUCCAAACUCGAGGAUCAGAAGGGUUCUGUAAUUUCUAAGAGUUGAGGGUGGCCUUACUUUGUGAUAGAUGGCUUCAUGUGUUCAGGUAUGACCACUGUCAGGCCGGCUGGAGAUAACCCAGACCAGCCUCUGCCCCUUUGGAAGAGUUGAGCUUACUUGAGAGCUUGGGGUGAUGUUGGGGAGCAGUUCCAGGGACAGAGAACAACCUUCUUGAAAGUGGUAGAAGGUCCUGGUAAUCAGCUACUCUUGUGCCGAUGUUUCAAGUGGAGCAGUGCCAGCUCUAGCGUCUCAGGAGUGAUGGCAUCUCUACAACCGUGUUGGGAUUCUUCUCUGCAACAUGAAACUGAGACUCAGCUCUUUGGAAAUAUCUGUAGUACUGGGACCUUGCACCUGUCGGGCAGUUGACUCUGUUGGUGUUCGAUGACUUUACGUGCUUUUUAAGGAGAUGCUGUGUUUACAUUCUGUUUUGUCUGCUGCGGCCUAAUUUUUGUUGGUUCCCUGCCCCCCCCCCUUGGGGUUGUUUUCAUUCUUCUGAGUGAUAAGUUCUCCUGUCUGUUGAAUUUUGUCUUUAUUUAAGUUAGCAACAUUAUUUAGAAUUCCCCCUCCACAGCGCCGGUAAUUUUCUCUGUUUCACAUGAGAACUGAGUGAACAUAUUUUCUGUCACAUUUCUAAGAUGAAUGGUGGUUUGCACAGCAGAGUCCAUAGAGAGACGUCGUAGGGAAUCAGAGGCUGGUGAUGUUCCCACUGACUUUGGUUUAACCAGUGGCAGCUUCCUUUUUAUCCUAUAAUGGAGUUCUAUUAUAGAUUUCUUUUUAAAAAAGAGUUUUACCGCUUUAAAAAAAAAAGUUGAAAAGUCUGUGUAAGCACUGUUUAGGAUUAGAACACAUGACUGGACUUCGGCCCACUUUUUUGGAACAACCCUACCUGUGUUCUUUUCUCCUACUUCAGGGAACCUUCCUGAUUUGGUUUGAGCUACGCCAGUUAUACUAAUUAUACAGUAUGCUACCCAUUCAUUCCGUGAACAUUUACUGAUGUCUGCUCUUUAUCCAGCCACGGUGGAAGGUGCUCAGUAAUGAAAAGAUGACUGGGAUUUAGUCCUGGCCCUCAAGCUGUGGAGUUACUCCUUUUCUCAGGACCUGCCACUUUGCCAGAAGGAAAACUGCCUAAUUUUUCUCAAAAGCUAAAUACUCGUAUUCUGUACUCUUAAUUCUGUAUCCCAAGUAUAUCAUUGCAAAUUGUUUAAUACCUAGUUUGUUUGCUUAACUUUAAACCAUAUCCAACUUUGCUUGAUUCUUCUGCCUUUAAAUGUGUCCGAUUUUCUCCUUUGUAAAAAUUACUUUAAUUUCGGUUUAUUUGUGCCUUUUAGGUCAGUUUUAAUGAAGACUAAGACACUGAAGGUGAAGAACAAUCAGUCUGGUCUCUUGCUAAUUGAAAUCAAGGAAAGGAUUAUAUAUACCCAGUUGGUUUCUCUACCUCUUCCAAAAGAUGUCCAAAUACACCUUUAAGAUCUGUCUUCCCGCCCCCCCGCCCGCAAAAAUGCUUUUGAGCAUUUAUUCAGUAAUCAGCACCCUCCCCAGUCUGGUUGAUGGUGAGUUAUAAAGUAACACAAGAGAAUGUUCACUUUGCUUAAAAUUUGCCUUUAUGUCCACUUGCUUUCAUGGCUAUACAUGAUAAUUUCACAGACUACCCCCUUCCACACCAUCUCCUCUGUCUCUGUAGAUAACUAGGUAGUCUGUGGACAUAAGCAACAUGUGAUCUUUUCUCUUACUCUGAUCCAACUCACCAGUGUUCAGACGUGACAAAUUUUUGGCCAGUUUCUUUCCUUCAUGAGCUUUACUCUGCUAAAUUCUUGAUAAUUCAUCAACUGAAUUGUAUCCUUCCUCCCUUUCUCAUGACAGAACGUAUCCCUAGUGGUCUUGCUGGCUGCCCUCUUGCCAACCAUGUUUUAUCUGCAGACAUCAGAAUGUUUCUCUCCAUUGACCUUUACUAAAGACCAAAAACGAUGGUGCUUUUCAUACCCAGGGUCCUAAUUCACCAUGAAGGUUGAUGUUGUUCCAGUUGGUCAGUCACUUAAAUCUUAACAGAUGGCUGAGAAAUUCUCUCCAGUUAAAUGUCUUUGUGACUAGUAAAUAGCAUGAAUUACAGAUUCUAUUUUAAAUUAUGUUUAGGGUUAGGAACUUUUCCAGCAGUUGCAACCAAUGAUUUUCCUCUAAUACCAGCCCAUUUCCACCUUGGAGCGAUUGGGUUGUUGUUAGUACGAUCAAGAGUAAUGACGACAGUGAGUGGUCUCUAGAGGUGGUCAGAAUCCUACUGUUGAGUUCCUUUUAUGUCUUUUCAAGCUUUCAUGAAUAUUUUAUGUGUUCAGACUACCUUUUAUGUGGGGAUUGAGGGACAAAUCAUCUCUUGGAGUGGAAUUCCUGUGUUUGGAGCCUCAACCAGGAAACGUCAGCUAUACUAGAUAUAGACAGCCUCAUGAUAGCCUUUAUGGUAAGAACUUGUCUAAUUUCUUGAAUAAUUUCUUGUAAUUUUUUGAAUAGGAACGGUUUUAUCUUGGAUAUUAUAGCUAACUUUAUAUAUAGCAUAACUGCCUUAAAUCUUUUUAGUAGGAAAUAAAUUCUAUUGUGUGUGUGUAUGGAUUUAUAGAUACAUACACACUCCUAGGAAAACCUUAACAGUAGGGGUCAUUUAUCUGCUUACAUUUUAGCAUCACGGAGUAAUUCUGUUGUUUAAAUCUCGGAUCUCACUGAGAGUUCCUUAAUUUGCUUGCAGACAUUUUCUUUUCAGACCUUCGGAGUACUUUAUUUAUUCUGCCAAAGUCCUGAUUGGCGGUUCGGUUAGUAUGCCAUUUUUAGGCAGCUUGAUAAUGAAGAAUCAUAACUGGAAUUCUUUAACAUCAAGUAAAACUACGAUAGACACCCAUUGAUUAAAUUAUUAUACGUCCAGUGGUCUCUGGAAGGUACUAGAGUAGGGUUAACUUUUUUUUUUAAGUGUCAGAUUGCCAUCCCCUGUUUUCAUCUUAGCUUAAGAUUGCUGAGCUGCUUAAGAUACCUGGGAGGUAGCACUACCAAGUUAAAUUCUCCUGUAGUUAAGGGCAGCCUGAAGGUGGUUCAGACCUGACUUUCUUAGCUGUGCUCAACAGAAAUGGAUUUUCCAAAGUUCUUUGGGUCAUCUCUGAUUCACAGACUCCUGACCAGAGUGUGUUAGCCUAAGUUAACUUCAGUGUCCAUUGGUUUGCUGCCAUGAGAUCUGUAAUUGACCACACAUUUCAAGCACUGGUGGAGACAGAAGGGCCCUUGGAAGAAUAAUGCUGCUGUUGAUGGGAGUGAGAAGGAUUCGUUAGCACCACACAAAGGACGUAUAGAUUUUUCUCCAAAAAAAAUCCUGCAAAAUCAUCUUCUCCUACCCUUCAAAAAAAAAAAAAAAGAAAGAAAGAAAGAAAGCUCUUUGUUUCUCCAGAAUGUUCAGUGAGAAGUUAAGGAUUUACUUCCUAUUUCUAAUUAAAGAUGAUCAUUCAUUGAACCAUGAAAUGCAUAACAUACUGAUAUAAGAACAAAAGUGAAGUCUUAGACCUCGAAAAAUACUUCAUUAUGUAUUUUGCGUUUCACACUCCACUUUUCUUCUUUCUCUCUGUGGCUUUAAAGCUUUUGGCUAUUUUACACUGUUAGUCACUAGAUAACUUGCCAUAUUUCUGGUUCUAUAUUAAGUUCUACCCUUUACAAUGCCGUAGCAGAAAGUUGAUUCUCAGCAUCUGUCUGUAGGGAUAGAAGUCUUACUAAAAGUCUCUUCCAAAGAGAUUUUCAUUUUCCUUUUUUCAGUAAGUCCCUUAAGAAAUAUGUCGGUCUCGUUAUUCACGUUCUUGGAUUGUUCAAACAAAAGAGUACAUUGGUGAGAAUAGGGUGCUUUUCUGGUGAAUGUAUGUACCUGCUUUAAGAAUGUAGUCAUUUGUUGGUUUGUGUAACUACCAUACACACAGAUUAAUUGAAAUUGGGGGAAAUCAUCACAUGUAGCAAGUAGGUAAUCUGCAUAGAUUUAAUUUUAAAAAUCCUGUUUCUUGGCAAGACGCAGAACCCAAAUUGGUCACUUUUUAGACCAAGUUUACCUCAGGCUUCAUUGUUGCUUCUCUGACCCUGACAUUUAAGGCAUAAAUAUUUAUAUCUUUUUAUUAGCGAUAGUGAAGCUGUGACACGAACCAUUUUUACACAAGAGGGCAAAACAAGAAAAACUAGAGAUUACGCCGAAAGCAGAUGUGCAGUUGUUGAACUAGAUCACAGCGUUGUAGGCAAAAUAAAAAUGUUCAUAUCUGAGAGUACUCUUUGCCAUCACUUCCCAAGGCCAGGCCUUCUGGCAGAACGCUGUAAAAAGUAACAAUUCCGGGCCUUUGUAAUCUGAGGGGAGUAUCUCCAGUUGGCAGUCUUUUCAAUAUAUGAAGCAAGAAUGUGGGAAAUAGUUGGCAAAGAGUGUUUUCACCUAAAAAAAGAAAAUGAAAAGACAUAUAAAACUGAAUUAUUCAUUUAGCUCUGAAAAUCUCAGAAAGAUUCAGUGAAAUACUAUAUAACUGGACCAAACGAGAAGAAGCUUUAGAGGAUUUGUCUGAAAACAGGUUUCAAGAAUGAACUUUUGUACACUGACCACAAAUUUGCUUAGGUACCACCAACUGUUCUUAUAAUGGACACCAUUAAAUAAAGAAUCCAUGGACUUCUAGGAGCUUGCCAUUAGCAAUGCCCUAAAAGUGUUUUUUGAGCUGAUGUCCUCAUAGGUAGCUUUAUGAUCUUGAAAAUUCUUACCUUUUACCUAGGGAUACAAGGCGAAAGAGUGAGUGGUGUUCUCAGUGUGACCGGCGGCCCUGGGACACUUGGGACUGAGGUGUUCCCUGCAUGUAGGACUUUCAGUUCCAAACCUGGGAAAGUCCUGAGUGCGCCGGGAAGAACUGUCACCCUAGGUGUUCUUACGACUAACCCUCACUCCCUAAAACAUUGUGAUGGUUACAGUUAAGUUCAGCUGCCUUAGGGCUUGUCAACAUUGCUGAUACUUGGAUGUGUGUCCUCCAGUCACUUACUACUGUGGACGGAAUGUGAGAUUCAUAACAAAGAACAGCAAAUGGCACCAACGUGGUGGUGACACUUCACACUUAGUAAUCCAGGGAAGGUAACCAGGGGGCUAAUGAAACAGAAGAGGCAACUAGAUAGCUAAGUUCCUCAGAACCUGUGUGUAUAUGGAAGUACAAAUCAUGUCUUUAUGGGGUUAAAGCGAAUCUGAAAUUUACAUGGUUCACAGUAAGAGAAAACUGAGUGGUAUUGUGGAUUUCUUCUCGCUUGAGAGAAAAUACGGCCUUGGAUGCUCUAGCCUCUGCUACAUUCUGCAGACUGUCCUGCUCAAGAGGCCAGGAUGUAGUGUUUAUUCUCAGUGACUGUUGUAUUGAGAUUACUAAAUGCAUCGGCCAAUGGCAGGGGAAGAAAGUGGGUGUCCGGAUCCAGACUGAGCGGUGCCCUCAGUUUUGGUAGCCCCCUACCCCUCAGGUGUUUACCAGCUAGAACGCCAAGCACGGGAGGUGAGAUUUUUCUAAUACAGCAUUAAUUUUGUAAUGCAAUAUAUGAGGGAUGCAGUCUGUCGUCGUUUCCCUGUGGUAGUCCUCGGAGCCUGCGUCCUCUGUGCACUGUGAUGUAGAUGGUAGGUGUGUUCUUUGUAAGCUUUAAUCCUAUGGUUGUCAAAAGUAUGAUGUGGUUCCAUUUUUUUCUUUUUUAAACGAUGAGCUGAGGCUUUAUUGCAGCUGGUUUUCAAGUUAAAAUUGUGAAAUACUGAUUUCCUUCCCCUCGCCCACACCAAAUAUUUUAGUCUAUUUAAAGUACAAAAAAAAAAUAGUUCUACUUAAGAAAACAUUGCUUAAACGUCCUGUGAUUUCUGGUCAAUUUUUAUAUAUAUUUGUGUGUGUCUGUAUGUGCUCUCACUUUUUACCUUGUUUGCUCUCUACCUGUGUUAACAGUACUUUCACCAUUGAAAGGUGAACAUUUUUCCUAGCAUUAAAGAAAAAAAGCCA